CAGGGCUUAGGAAGAUGGAGAGAGGAAGGAGAGAAGUGAGGGAGAAGAGGGCCGAGCAGCCAAGCAACACUGAGGAGGGGAGCCAGUGGGGGAGGGCAGGAGGGCAGGAGGCGGAGGGCCGGAGGGAGACUGAGGCAGAGGGAUGGCGAGAGAGGGACAGGGAAGCGGCCCCGAGGAGACGAGGGGAGGUGCGGGAAGAAGCAGGGAGAUGGCGAGGAAGGAACUGGGGCGCCCAGGAAGUCUUCAAGGUUAGGGGGACUCGGGUCUCCACAGGGUCCCUGCCUUCCAUCUAUGUGUUUCCUCCUUGGAGCAUCAAAGAGGAUGAGAGAGCAGGGUCUGGGAGGAGAACCUGGGGUGGGUGGCCCAGCCAGAGCCCUGCUUCCCGCCCCGCUGAGACGUCCCUCGCCCGCCUUCCCAGGAUGCAGCCUGUUGUGGAGCCCCUGAGCUCCCCCAGCCUGGGCAGCCCCAACACUCACAGGGAGGCAGCUGCCCUCUUGGUGGACAUGGAGAGCCCACAAGAAACUUCAGCUCGGAGCCUGGGCAGGACCAUCAAAUCCUCGAAGCAGUACCUACAGCAGGUUGUCGCCGAAUACGAGGCCCUGGAUCGAGAGCUGCCAUGUAUUCGGAAGUUCUCCACGCCGCCCGCCGCCCAGCCUCUCUGCCUGUGCAUGGAGACUUCGGAGGAUUUUACCCACCUGGAGGUACUGGAGGCGCUGGAGGCCCAGUUACCUGGGGCCAUGGAGAGCGGGCGUGUGAGCAGCAUCCGCUUUGAGAACAUGAAUGUCAUCUGCGGGACCGCGGGCCGCAGGGACCGGUGGCUCAUCACGGUCGCGGACUUCCAGACGCGCUCGCGCCUGCUGCGCUCCGGCCUCAGCCCCCGCGGGCUCCCGCACCAGCUCGUGCGCCACGACGACCUACAGCUGGGUGACUACCGCCUGCACCUGCGUCGCCUGCUGGUCCGACGGCGCAUGCUCGAGGCCCUGGGAGCGGAGCCAACGCAAAAAGACUGACGGGCGAGGGUGGGCGGGCCCACCAGCUGCGCUUGCGCACUAUGCCCCCGAUUCAGUGGC